UUUAGUUUAGUUAGUCGGAACAGGCAAUUAGCGAAAAACAACAACUAGAACAACAGCAAGCAGUAGUAGAAGAAGAAGAAGCAGCAGCAACAUGGCGGUCUUUGGCAUGGUUUCGGCUGUGUCCAGCUUCAUCAAGAUACGAUAUCUGCUGGACAAGGCUGUUAUCGAUAACAUGGUAUUCCGAUGCCACUACAGGAUUACAACAGCCAUACUCUUCACCUGUUGCAUUAUCGUAACCGCUAACAAUCUGAUUGGUGAUCCAAUCAGCUGCAUCAACGAUGGCUCUAUUCCCAUGCAUGUGAUCAACACAUUCUGCUGGAUUACGUAUACAUUCACGAUACCCGGCCAACAGCAUCGAAGGAUUGGAACAGACGUCGCCGCACCCGGUGUCAGCAAUGAUUAUGGCGAGGAAAAGCGUUAUCACAGCUACUAUCAGUGGGUGCCCUUCGUGCUUUUCUUCCAGGGACUAAUGUUCUAUGUGCCGCAUUGGAUCUGGAAGAAUAUGGAGGACAACAAGAUACGCAUGAUAACCGACGGUCUGCGCGGCAUGGUCACUGUGCCCGAGGACUAUCGCAAGGAUCGUCAGGAUCGUAUCAUCAAAUACUUCAUGGACAGCCUGAACUCGCACAAUGGCUACUCGUUUGCGUAUUUCUUCUGCGAACUCCUUAACUUUAUCAAUGUGAUUGUGAAUAUCUUUAUGGUGGAUAAGUUUCUCGGAGGUGCUUUCAUGUCCUAUGGUACGGAUGUACUCAAGUUCUCCAAUAUGGAUCAGGAUGUACGCUACGAUCCCAUGAUUGAGAUCUUUCCCCGUCUCACCAAGUGUACGUUCCACAAAUUUGGUCCCAGCGGCAGUUUGCAGACACACGACACACUCUGUGUGCUCGCCCUUAACAUUCUCAACGAGAAGAUCUACAUUUUCCUGUGGUUCUGGUUUAUCAUAUUGGCCACCAUUUCUGGCGUUGCUGUGAUCUAUUCGCUGGUGGUUAUCAUGAUGCCCACCACUCGCGAGACCAUCAUCAAACGCUCUUAUCGCUCUGGUCAACGCAAGGAAAUCGCUGGCUUGGUUCGUCGUCUUGAGAUUGGCGACUUUUUGAUCUUGCACUUCCUUAGCCAAAAUCUCAGCACACGAUCGUACAGCGAUUUGCUGCAACAACUCUGCGGUUUGCUGGGCGCCUCACGCACACCCUCCGCCCCCUCGACACUCGAAAUGAACCCCAUCAGCCACCCCAUAUAUCCACCCGUUGAGGGUUUCGGCGGCAAGGAGACCGAGACAUAGACACGAAUGUGGCGCUAAUUCAAUGAUUUCAAUGAUUUCUCAAUAAUAUUUGUAUACAGAGGAUGUGACCAGAUUUAGGAGGAAUGUUUUUGUAGGUGUUUUUUUUAAUGUUUAGCAGCGUUCCAGGCUUUUAGGCUUUCCAUCAUAAUCUAAGACUGUUUUCAAGUGAAACACGAAAUUUGAAUUCUAAAAACAAAGAAAACAUCACCGAAAAUUCUUUAGCGAAAUUUUUUCUCCCUAUUUAAAGCAAAUUUGUUAACAUUUUCGUCCUAGGCAAAAAGAUAAAAGACACCACACAAUGUAAAGACAAGAACGCAUAAAAGACAGUCAGUGAAAGUAUGAGAGAGAUUUACACAGAGAAUGAGAGAGAGUGAGAGAGAGAGAGAAGGAGAGACACAGGCAGACCGUGCAAUUUGUAGGUUGGAUUGUGAAUGUGGAAGGUAAAUUAUCCGAUAUGCUUAUAUACAUAACAUACACUACAAUACAUGCUACUACAACUGAAGAUUUUGUAGUAACACGUCGUUAACAAAUGAUGCGCCAUUUAAAUAUAUACAAUUUUAGUUUACCACCUAGCUCUAUAGUUUUGCUCUUUGAGGCGUCGCGAUUGUCACGAUUAUCACGAUCAUUAUGCUCACACAUUUUUUUGGGGCUCACGCACGCUCACGAUACGUUGAUCUUAAUAUAAACAAAAAACAAAAAAAAAGAAUAAAAAUAUAUCUACUUAUAUAUAUAUAAAUAACUACUACUACUGCAUAUCGUACUACUCAUACAUAAACACAGAGACAUGCUUACAUCUAUAGUAACUGUAGUAAUCGAUUUAUGAAUAUGAUUGAUCACGAGUAUACAUAAUAAUAAUAUGCUCUCGCUAUUUUUGUCUUAAACUUUAGUAUACAAAUGUAUGUAAUUUUAAGCAAUUUUGUUUAUAACAAAAUUAUUGUGAUUAUUGCUAGAAAAGAACACAUUUUACAUAAAAGAAAACAAACUAUCUAAGUUUUAAAUUGUAAUAAAUACGAAAUAUGAUUAUUA